CCACGGGUCUGACGGAUGGAUGCGCCCUAACUCGCAGAUCGCACUUCGCAAGCCGCGCCGCCGCCGCUCCCCACGCUCGUCGGGCGCACGCCGUUCAGGCCACUCCACUCCCCCCCACCCGUCCAUCGUCCCCCACGCGGCGAAUCCGUCGCCUCCCUCGCGGCGCGGUGGCCACGCCUCUGCGCCCCCCCUCCCCAGGGUUGCGCGCCGGCGGCGAGCCCAGCAAUAGGGCAAAGCGCGACUGAAUCGGCGGCCAGUCGGAGGCGCCGGGCGGGGGUGGCACCGCGGCAGGCUGCCAGCGAAUAGACCGGUUGCCGCUCCAUUCGUCUUCGGCUGAUGGCUGUCGACGCCAUGUUCCCCGUCCUGCGCUUCUCCGACUACUUCACUCGGCCGUCGGUCGAGGAGCUGGUCGAGAGGGAGGCGGCUGACCCGGGCUACUGCAGCAGGGUUCCAGAUUUCGUCGUCGGCAGGGCGAGGUAUGGGCAGGUGAAGUUCUCUGGCAGCACCGAUGUGAGGGGGCUGGACCUGAACGAAAUCAUCAAGUUUGGCCGCCAUUCUGUGGUGGUUUACCGGGACGAGGCUGGCAAGCCGGCCGUAGGGCACGGCCUCAAUAAAGCUGCAGAGGUGACCCUGAAGCUGGAUUUGGGUACACUUCCGAAACCCGGCCUCCUAGUUGAGUUGCUACGGUGCCGCGCGAAGAAGCAAGGUGCUAGGUUUCUCUCAUUCAAUCCUGUGAGUGGUAACUGGAAGUUCGAGGUCGAUCACUUCAGUAGGUUUGGGCUUGUGGACGAGGAGGAGGAUGAUGUUGCCAUGGAUGAGCCGGUUGUACGGCCACCGAUUGCUGAAGCAAGAGACCCACCUUCAAAUGGGCAUGAACUGGAGCUUUCGCAUUCGUUGCCUGCUCAUCUUGGGCUUGACCCUGCAAAGAUGCAGGAAAUGCGGAUGGCAUUGUUUCCCAAUGAUGACGAAGACGAAGACAUGGAGGAUGGCUUUCCAUCUGAUCGCAGACACCUCAGCAGAGAAAGGAUGAGUGUGGAUUCACCCAACACAAGUGGUAAAGGUCAGAGGAUGAGGUCUCUCUCUCCUUUGCAUGGUUCUUCUCAGAAAUUUGGAAGGAGGUCUGGUGUGCUCGCAAGGAAAGAACCACAUGCACUGCUGGAAUACAAUGUAAAUUCUACAGAGGUUGGUCCAUCUUCUCAUGGUAUUCUCAUGUCUGGAAAAAACAAGGGAUUUCCGGUCAGAAUGGCCAAGGUAGAAGGCUUCAAACUACCAGCUGAGCAAGCAACUCCUGUUGCUGGAAAAGUAUAUUCUAACUGCGUAGUGGAUGCUGCUUUAUUUAUGGGUAGAUCAUUUCGAGUUGGUUGGGGACCAAAUGGCAUCCUUCUCCAUUCUGGUAGUCCUGUUAAUACUCCUGGAACUGGCCUUUCUUCUGUUAUUCACAUAGAGAAAGUUGCAGGUGAUAAAGUUGUGCGUGAUGAGCAGAACAAAGUUAAAGAGGAGCUGGCAGAACUAUGUUUCUCGGAUCCAAUGGACCUCCAUAAGAGGCUUGACCGCGAAAUUCUGGAAACUGAGUCUGACUCGUUUAAAUUAAAGCUUCAGAAAGUUGUGGCAAGUCGUUUGGUUUUGCCAGAUAUUUGCAGAUCAUACAUUGAUAUCAUCGAAAGGCAGCUUGAAAUCAGUGAUUUAUCCAUGUCUUCACGUGUGCUGUUAAUGCAUCAAGUUACGGUUUGGGAGCUAAUUAGGGUCCUGUUCUCUGAGAGAGAAGCUGGCAACCAGUUGGAAUUUUGUGGUGAUGAGGAUCAGGAGGGCAUGAUUUUGGAUAAGAAAGAAGGUUCUGUGAACAUUGACCCUGAUGCACUUCCUUUGGUUAGGAGAGCAGACUUUAGCAAUUGGUUACAGGACAGUGUUUGUCAUCGGGUACAAGGAGAGGUGGGUUCUUUAAGUGAUGCCAGAUACUUGGAGCAUAUUGUUCUGCAUUUGACUGGUCGACAAUUGGACACAGCCACAGAAAUUGCUGCUUCAAAGGGAGAUGUCCGCUUGGCAGUCCUGCUAAGCCAGGCAGGUGGAUCGAUGUUAAAUCGCUCGGAUGUUGCUCAGCAGCUGGAUCUGUGGAAAAUAAAUGGUCUGGACUUCGAUUAUAUUGAGGAAGACAGGUUAAAGAUAUACGAGUUGCUUGCUGGUAACAUACAAAGCGCUUUACUUGAUUCACCAAUCGACUGGAAAAGGUACCUUGGUUUAAUCAUGUGGUAUCAGUUGUCACCAGAUACAUCACUUGAUAUUAUCAUUCGGUGUUAUCACCAACUACUUGGCGAGGGCAAAGUUCCAAAUCCUGUUCCUGUAUAUAUCGAUGAAGGACCUCUUGAGGACGCACUUCAGUGGUCCCCAGGUGACCGAUUUGACAUAUCUUUUUAUUUAAUGCUUCUUCAUGCAAACCAAGAUGAGAAGUUUGGGCUUCUAAAGACUAUGUUCAGUGCAUUCUCGUCAUCAUAUGAUCCCAUGGACUACCAUAUGAUCUGGCAUCAACGAUCUAUUCUCGAAGCUAUUGGUGCUUUCAGUACAAAUGAUCUUCAUGUACUGGAUUUGAGUUUUGUCCAUCAGUUACUAUGUCUUGGGAAGUGCCAUUGGGCUAUCUACGUCAUUCUGCAUAUGCCACAUCUGGAUGAUGCCCCUUACAUCCACGAAAAAUUAAUCAGGGAAAUUUUGUCGCAGUAUUGUGAGAUAUGGAGCAAAGAUGGGGCUCAGAGGCAAUAUAUUGCAGAACUUGGUAUACCAGCAGAAUGGAUACAUGAGGCUCUGGCUCUUUAUCACGAAUACUAUGGAGAUCGACAAGGUGCACUGGGGAAUUAUAUUCAAUGCGGCAAUUGGAAGAAAGCUCAUACCAUUUUCAUGACAUCUGUUGCUCAUUCUUUGUUUCUGUCAUGUAAGUCUUCCCUACACUGCACUAAACAAUUAGUUGUAAAUACCUGAUUUGAUGUUACACUU